AAAUAUCGAUAUUUCGAUAUAUCGAUAUUUACUGCCCAUCCCUAAUUCGUGGAGAGCGUUGUGGGUAUAUCGAAAUUAAGGAUUUAUUUGUCUAUGGGGUAUAUUAUCUUUUUAGUUGGGGAAAACAGACAAGCUUUAUGCUAUCGUGCACAGUAGAGAUAAUACAAAACAAACACAAACAAAUUGAGAAUUUACGAAGUGUUGAAGUCAGAAAUGGAAACAUACUCAAAAAUUUUCCCUGAUGAAAAUAAUCAUCUCAGAGUAAAGAUGGAAAUGGGAGAAGCUGAUGAUAGCUAUGAAAAAGGAAACUCAUUUGACUUGGAUUUUCAGUACACGAUUGAGGAUAAAAAGAAUGAAAUCAUGGAUAUUGUUCAGCAUUACACUGAUGAGAAUGGAAUGAGAUCGUCUCUUGAAUAUGAAAGAGGACAAUUUACUUUCAACCUGAAAAGCAAUGUCGGUGGGCAUAUAGAUGCCGUCCAUUUGAAUAAAAAUGACCACCAAAGCAAUGGUGAGAUAGCUGGCAAUCUACGUCACAGGAAACAUAGACCAGAGAAAGCAGGCCAACCAAAGUUUUGAAGAAAGGAGCCAUACAAUUAUGGUAUUGGGAAAUGUGUUACUAAAAUAAUAAUAAUAAUGAAUACUAUACAGCAAAUUCCUACCCUUUAUAGAUCCGGAGUUACGAAUUUUUGACUAUGUUAUUCAAGUUUUGAAGCCCUGAUUCAAUUCUCUCUGUCAGAUAUUAAUCAUAAUUUUUUUAUGUUCAUAUUUAUUAUAUGUUUUUUUUUUCCAUAUGUACUUACAUAUUUGAUGAUUGAAGAUAAUAUAAUUGUUAUAUAUUUAUAUUUAUGUACAGUUGACAACUCUACAACGAGUAUGCCAUCUGUGAUAAAAGACAUAGAAUCAGUAUUAAUAAUCUAGAAGGUCUAUGUGUAAGUACUCGUUGUCAAGACUACUAAAAUAGAUGUUUUUUAGAAGUCAAUAGUUUGUACAUAUUUCAAUAUAUAACAUAAAAAGUUA